AAUUGUUUACCUCUGGUCGCAAAAUGCAUCGCCAGGUGUCUUUGAGUCCCUUCACCGGCCAUUUACACAAACAAUGCGGUCCUGCUGCCACGUGGCCGCACCCGUGCGAAGAGCUGGUCUCGCGAGCCGGGUACGCGCAACCGGCGUAGCGAACGCGCCGUGGCGCCGGGCAUUUCACCAGGCAAAGGCGCGGUUCACCACCAUUGACCGCAAGGGAGUGCCCGUUUCGUACGAGACGGAGAUCAGGAUUGGCGACGCCCACGAAGCGUACAUAUAUAUAGAGCCAGACGUCGGCGAUGCGAUUAGGUCUGGCAUUGCGAGACAGUUGGGAGGUUUCGGCCUGACGCAAGGCGCAACGGGAAAGCUGGCGCUGAGGUUCCAUCAUGGGUCACUUCACUUUGCUCAUAAAUCCUUGCCGCUACCACGAGUCGACAUCGAUCGAGAUCUGCCUAGGCAGUCGGGCUCGUAUAGCGACGUAAGCCCUGCCACGCUCUGGCUCUCGGGAAACUGGCACGCUAUAACACUCGAUGGUAGCCCCGAUGAGAGCUUCGAAAGGGCGUCAAGGGAGAGCGCUCAGGAGCUCCGAGUCGCGCUGGAGAAGCUCAAGGACCACUAACGCACGUUUACGCUACGGUCUCGGUGUUUAUUAGAGGGCUACUGCUGGGCGGAUGCCGUUGUUACUAUAGGUAGAGUCACUCUUGCGGCUAAGUCUAACACCUAUAUAGGAGGAUUUCCAGAGCAUUACCGCCAACGAUGUACAAGAGCGACUAGAUAUCUCAAACCUUCCCUAACCUUUCCCGCAUCUUACCAUAUCCGUGUCCCUCCACCACCAGCACCUAGGUCCGACUAGAGUUGCUCAGACUCGGAUAGGUACUCC